GUGACAAAAAUAAAAUUUUGGUGAAAAGGAAGGGGGCCAUAGUGUAAUUAGCCGUUUUACAGUUUCCUCAUAUCUCACUGUAUAAAACGGAAAAUUUGAUCUUAUCGCAUCCAAAGAAGAAAAUCAAACAGAUCUAACAGUAAUCAUGAAUGUAGAAGAAGAGGUAGAGCGACUCAAAGAAGAAAUCAAACGACUCGGAAAACCCCAAGAUGAUGGCUCUUACAAGGUUACAUUCGGCGUGCUGUUUAACGAUGACAGAUGUGCAAACAUCUUUGAAGCACUGGUUGGAACAUUGCGUGCAGCAAAAAGGCGUAAAGUCUUGACAUACGACGGGGAACUUCUGUUACAAGGAGUUCAUGACAAUGUUGAAAUUAUUCUCAAACCCACACCAGAAGCAGCAUCAAGUGAUGCAGUUGCAAAGAGCUGAUGAUUUUCCAGAGUUGGGUUUUGAAAAAGCUUGUUUUACACAUUUGAGUUAUUAUACAACGCAAGUGUUCAAACUAUCUGGUUUUGGGAAGAUCUGUUUGCAUUGUCUCGUAUGUAUGUCUUAACUUUUGUUGUGAACAUGCCCCUGUUGUUAAAUGUUUUGAGCUUGAGUUUUUCUUUUUA